CGCACCGUGGUGUUACACGAUGUGUCCUGUAGGACUUCCUUCCAUGUUCUGUCGAACAUCACGUCUUCGUCUUGCUAAGCAGGAGUUACUCAAAGAAGAAAGCUUUGAAUGGAGCUAGCUAAUUUGCUAACAUAACAUUAGCUGGCGUUAGCAUUACUUGUCACUAUCCUUGCUCUGUUUACUUGGCGCCAAACGAGAUUUGUGGAUUUCGUGUACCACGUUAUUAAAUCUGUGUUAUGGCGAUACCCGAGCUUUCCGUUGCUUAUAUGAAAAAGUAAAAAUAUGAAGAAUAAAAAGCCUUAGAAACCAGGCUAACGUAACGCUAACACUGUUCUUACUCUGUUGUGGCAUGCGCUCAACUCUGUCACUAUGACAACCAACUGACCAGGACGGGCUCUUUAAAGUGUUAAUUGUUUGACAAUCUAACUACUUAAUGUUGUGGUAGUCUUAUCACCGAAGUGUUUUGUUUUUUAACAUUUAUUUAAUAGUGACUGGGUUGUAUGUCGUCAAAACGUCAGUAGAAAUAUUUGAAUCUCUUGCUGGAGCUAAUUUUUUUUUUUAUCUGUUGUUUGACAUUCUGACAUGGAGUGGGAUACUCUGAAGAUGGCAACUACAAAGGUUCCAGAGGUUCGUGACAUCACACGAAUCGAGAGAAUUGGUGCACAUUCUCACAUUCGUGGCCUUGGUUUGGAUGAUGCUUUGGAACCAAGACAGGUGUCUCAGGGGAUGGUUGGCCAGCUGGCCUCCCGUCGAGCCGCAGGAGUCAUCUUGGAGAUGAUCAAAGAUGGCCACAUUGCUGGCAGGGCAAUACUGAUUGCUGGCCAGCCUGGCACAGGAAAAACUGCAAUUGCUAUGGGCAUCGCCCAGUCUCUUGGCCCUGAUACACCCUUUACAGCACUGGCUGGUAGUGAGAUCUUCUCCCUGGAGAUGAGCAAGACUGAGGCACUUAGCCAAGCUUUUAGAAAAGCCAUCGGAGUAAGGAUCAAAGAGGAGACGGAGAUCAUUGAAGGAGAGGUGGUCGAGAUCCAGAUUGACAGACCAGCCACAGGAACGGGUGCAAAGGUGGGCAAGUUGACGCUAAAGACUACGGAGAUGGAGACGAUCUACGACUUGGGCAACAAGAUGAUUGACAGUUUGAGUAAAGAGAAGGUGCAAGCGGGAGAUGUUAUCACCAUCGAUAAAGCCACUGGAAAGAUCACCAAGUUGGGGCGCUCUUUCACCAGAGCCAGAGACUACGAUGCCAUGGGAGCUCAGACACAGUUUGUACAGUGUCCUGAGGGAGAGCUGCAGAAGAGAAAAGAGGUGGUCCACACAGUGUCGCUCCACGAGAUCGAUGUCAUUAACAGUCGCACACAAGGCUUCCUGGCUCUUUUCUCUGGAGACACCGGAGAGAUCAAGUCUGAAGUCCGCGAGCAGAUUAAUGCCAAAGUGUGUGAGUGGAGGGAAGAAGGAAAGGCCGAGAUCAUUCCAGGGGUGUUAUUUAUUGAUGAGGUGCAUAUGCUGGACAUGGAGUGCUUUUCCUUCUUGAACCGUGCCCUGGAGAGUGACCUCUCCCCAGUUCUCAUUAUGGCCACCAACAGAGGCAUCACUCGAAUCCGUGGAACAAACUAUCAGAGCCCUCACGGCAUCCCCAUCGAUCUCCUCGAUCGGCUGCUCAUCAUCGCCACCUCCCCUUACACCGAAAAAGAGACGAAGCAGAUCCUGAAGAUCCGGUGUGAGGAGGAGGAUGUGGAGCUGAGCGAGGAGGCUCACACGGUCCUCACUCGUAUCGGCAUGGAAACGUCACUGCGCUACGCGAUCCAGCUGAUCAGCACCGCAGGGCUGGUGUGUCGUAAACGCAAGGGCACAGAGGUUCAGGUAGAAGACAUUAAAAGAGUUUACUCUCUGUUCCUGGAUGAGGCCAGAUCCUCUCAGUACAUGAAGGAGUAUCAGGAUUCCUUCCUCUUUAAUGAAACACAAACAGCUGCUAUGGACACCUCGUAAUGAAGACGAUGCUUUCUCUUCCUCCUCUGAAGUUUUUUUUAUGCUGUUCGCCGUCAUCUAGUGUUGGUGUCGAUUCACAACCGGACUUCUUCCCAAAUUUGAGUUUAGCCUCUUGAAUUAACUGAAUUAGACUGGAGGUGGACACAGAAUUGUCCUUGAUCUCCACACUGUUUAAAUUCAAAUCUAUUGGACUGAAAUUCAAUCGCAUUUUGAAAUGACCCCAGUCCUUCAUCUCUCAGGCCUUGUGGCGUGAAUACCCAUUCCUUAAGUGUUUGUUUUAUGUUGUUGACCUUUUACACGGUUUAAUUUUAUGAAAAUAAGUAAACAAGCUUUUCUAAGCAUA